UUCCUGGGGGCUUGGCAUAAGCAGCAUAAGGCAUAAACAAACACACAAGGUAGAAGAUGGCGGAUAUUCGUGCAAUAAGGGGUGCAUUUUUGUGGACUGACGACGAGGUAGAACUUCUGCUUAGGGUCACACUAGAGUACAAAACGACCAAAGUACAGGAGAAUGUUGACUGGGAGUCCUGCAAGUGUAAAUAUAUCGAUAUUUCUCGCGCAUUUCACGAGCAGUAUCCGAGGACCCGGGCAGACAAGGAUUUCCCUCACGACGCGAACGCCAUUACAAGGGUCCAACUUACCGCCAAGCUUAAGCAAAUUCGCACCAAGUACAGGCAGUUGGUGAACACUGGGAGUCGGAGUCACCAAGGACGUGUUAUGCUCUUGUUUUUCGAGCUGUGUGAAGAGGUCUGGGGUGGCUCGCCUUUUACGUGCCCCAUUGGCUCCCCUGCUACGCGCACCAUUAGCUCCCUAAGCUCCGGCAUCGAGACGGGGGACCUGGAAGAGUCGUCUUCCGGACAAAGUUUAUCCCCGAGUUUGGAGCGUUCCAAAGAUUUGCCACAGCCGAGCCAAUCCAGCGAAAGUCUGCCAGCUGCGGUUGUAAAGCAUCACAGGGAUCUGCUCCAGCCAAAGCUGAACAGCCACAGAAGUGACCGGCUGAAGAGAACACUUCCAGCUGACCAUGCAGUGCAGGAAGACAUCCAAAUAAAAAGGAGGAUGUUGGGGACAAUGGAGCAAACAUCCAGCCGCAACGCAGACAACAUGCAGCAGAUAAAUGCCAACUUUGCCAGCAUUACAAGCACUAUUCAGGAAAGCUUUUCCAUGAUGAGGGAAUUAAUGCAUAGUAGCGGCGGUGGAUAUGGACAACCCCAGGAGCGCUCACCACCAUUCAUGCAGUCAUUACUCAAUAACAAGACAAUAAUGGAGCCGCAAGAAGUGGAACAUGUGAACCGAAGAAGUAGCUCCAGGAUUCUGAACCAAAAGCGGUUAAAAUAUGAAGUAGAUGAUGGGGACAAGGACACAGAUGAAGAGGAGGAGGAAGAUCAGGAAGACGAUGAGCAGCCAAACACAUCCGAACACACCAAGAGAACACAACCAAGACUCGUGACUGUAACCUGUGGGAACAAAACGGGAAUCCUCUUCGUAGAGAAGCUGGAGAGGGGUGAGAAGUGUAUCAAGAGUGAGGGCCGCUGGUUUGAUCCCACAGGAUAUGAGAUCUUUGGGGGGAAACCUCUGCAGUUUUGGAUUGAUAAAUGUAAGAUCCCGCCCCCAGAUCUCACACCAGAGAGCAUGUCUAAAGUGUUGGCAAUGAAGACAGAGGAGGAAGAAAGAACGGUUCCUGAUGUUGCUGAUAACAACAGUAAAGACAGUUGGUGUAAGCCAUUGCACGAGGGUGCACAAAAUGAAGAGAGGGGAGCUCACAGAGUCUCGCCAAUAGAUGAUCCCAUUGAUAUCUCAACAACCGUCCAACCGUCAGAGGAGCAGUUUACACAAAGUAAUGAAAUAAAAGAAGAUGGACAGAGAGAACUUCAAACCGAAACAUCGCUAUCUGCUCCAGCUACCUCAACACCAGCAAUCAAACCUGAAAUCCUGGAGAAAGCUGAAGACACUGAAACAGCCAGCGUUCAGACUCCGCUGUUAGUCACACACAUAACUGGAAACACCAGAGACGCUGCCUCAAACACAGCAUACAUUCAGGAAGGUCCUCAGAGCGAGCUGGAUGACGGUUGUCAUGACGAAACAGAGGUAACGACAUCUGGUCAUGAUGCUGCACAAUUACAAGGGAUGGAGACAGAAACAAGGGUUCCCCAAGCCUCAAAGAGCACUCCAGUCUCCACUUCCUGUAAUCUGGAUACAAUGGACCUUGAGCAGCUGAAGAGAGAGAAAAUCAAAAUGAAACUAAAGAUCAUGAAGUUGCAAGAGGAGUACUACACUCUGAAAAUAAGGGAGAUUAAAAAGUGAAAUAGUUUUACUGUGGCAUAAAUGUUAUCGACGACAGGUUGGACAAAAGGACAAUGCAACCUGUAUCACCAAAAAGGACAAACGUUGUUGGACACUGAUAGCAAAAGACAACAAGUGUUGUUCCUAAGUAAUCCUUCAUGAGACCAUUUGCUGCAUUUAAUGACAAAAGGCUUUUUUUAUCAUUUUUUUUUAAAGUGAAAGAAAUAUUUCUUCUUGAAUUCUCAAAGCGUGACAUCAUUUUUGUUGGUGAGAGAAAAUGAUUGUACUGUACCAGACAAAGACUUUAUCUAAAAUGUGCAUCAGAGGUUGACGAGGUAGCCAGCCGGGUUUGUUUCCUGUGGCAUCAAACAUCUUCCUUCAGGUUAUAUAAAGCUAAUCACUUUCUUUAAACCUCAAACCAUUUACCUUUCCUUAACUUUGACUCUUAAUCCUAAGGUUAAAACAUGUGUUUACUGCGACUGUAGUAGAGCAUCGCAGUUUGACCACAGAAACAUGAAGACAAUAAAAACAUGUGCCAGAAGUUAAGGUUAACAUAAAAACAAGAGUCAACAAAGAGUCCCAAAAGGACAAAGAACCGUACUCAAGGAGACACAAAGGCCAAUUUAAAUAAAUGUGUCUUCAGUUGUUUCGUAAAAGCUGCUACAGCGACCGCAGACUGAAUGUUUUUAGUAAGAGAGUUCCAUAGUGUUGAAUCCACUACUAUUCUAUGUGUACACCUUUCUGUAUGCAUUAAUAGAGGAACCAUCCAGAUGUAGCAAUAUCGAAAUAUUUUGGGAUAACUUGUAAUCGUACUUUUCUGAUUGUACAUAUAUUAGUAAAAACCUCUUAGUAAAACUUGCUUUGAGCUUUGAGAGGAAAUGUACAGCACAUAUUGACAUUUAAUAAAAACUCUGUGUGUAACUGUUAA